AUGCCCAAUUUCGCCGGCACCUGGAAGAUGCGCAGCAGCGAGAAUUUCGACGAGCUGCUCAAGGCGCUGGGUGUGAACGCCAUGCUGAGGAAAGUGGCCGUGGCGGCUGCGUCCAAGCCGCACGUGGAGAUCCGCCAGGACGGGGAUCAGUUCUACAUCAAGACAUCCACCACGGUGCGCACGACUGAGAUCAACUUCAAGGUCGGAGAAGGCUUUGAGGAGGAGACAGUGGACGGACGCAAGUGCAGGAGUUUAGCCACUUGGGAGAAUGAGAACAAAAUCCACUGCACACAAACUCUCCUGGAGGGGGACGGCCCCAAAACCUACUGGACCCGCGAGCUGGCCAACGACGAGCUCAUCCUGACGUUCGGCGCCGAUGAUGUGGUCUGCACGAGGAUUUAUGUUCGGGAGUGAAGGCGGCUGGCUUGCUCCUGCUUUGGGGGUGGAUUCAUGUUCCCCCGAGGAAUGUCAUAGUUCUGAGCUGCCAGUGGACCUCCUCUUCCCCAGUAUCAACAUUAGGUGAUCCCGUUUUCCCCACGAUAAUGCUGUAGUGUUUCCCCCCAAGGCUUCGUGCCUCUGUGUCCCUGGUGCUCCAUAGUUUGGCAUCUCUAUGGUUUCAUCAGCCAUUAAACUGGUUGUACACACCUCAA